GUUGCGUGCCGUGGGAACAAUGACGACGAGCAGUGCAGCAGCUGUUGCCUGCUAAUUGGAAAAUUAAACAAAUCCCGCACACACCACAACGGACGGGCAGAAACAGGCCGCGUCGCGAUUUUGUGAGUUUCGUGUGAAGUUGGGCUAAUUGAAAAGCGUCGCAGGAGCCCUCCGCCUCGGCACAACACACGCAACACCCGAGCGAGUCGAACUGAACCCAGCCAAGAGGCAACAAAAGUAGUUUUUUUCGUAACACCAAAGUUUAUACUUUCGUUUUCGUAAUAAAAUAUAUCGCAGUGCGGCAGAGAAAUAGCGCGAGAGCGAGACCGAGUGGGGGACAAGGAACUCAAUUUGUAAUUCUCCAAAAUUCUAAAAUCAAUUCCAGCUACAUUUGAUUCGCUCGUAGUUUGUUUUCGGCCCAAAAGCGAUACGCGCACCCGCAUGCAGCUGCUGUUGCAGGAUGGCGACGGCGAGUGAACUGGGAGCGAAUAUGGCCACGACGGUGCGCCUGCCCAUUGUGGGCAUGACCUGUCAGUCCUGCGUGCGCAACAUCCAGGAGCAUAUUGGCCAGAAGCCUGGCGUGCUUGGAACCCGUGUCCUGCUGGAGGAGCAGGCCGGCUACUUUGACUACGAUCCACAACAGACUGAUCCCGCCCGGAUAGCCAGCGAUAUCGACGACAUGGGCUUCGAGUGCAGCUAUUCCGGGGAGCAAAUAGACCAGGAUAAGGCGACUGACGGUGGUGCUGGCUUGUGGACCAACAUCCGGGUGGUGGGCAUGACCUGCCAGUCGUGUGUGCGUAAUAUUGAGGGCAAUAUUGGCACCAAGCCCGGCAUUCUCGCCAUCGAGGUGCAACUGGCCGCCAAGAAUGCCCGCGUCCAAUACGAUCCCGCCCAGUUAACACCUGAACAGAUAGCCGAGCUCAUUGAUGACAUGGGCUUCGAGGCGUCGGUGCAAGCAACAACAACAACAACCUCAACAGCGACACAAUCCACCACCCCAAGUCCUAGGUCGCCGCCUAGUAGAAGAUCACCACGAAAGAGUCCAGAUCCCGUCCAGCAGAAUGGCAAUGCCGUUGCCAUACCCGUGGAACAGGAGCUGUUGACCAAGUGUUUCCUGCACAUUCGUGGCAUGACCUGCGCCAGCUGUGUGGCCGCCAUCGAGAAGCAUUGCAAGAAGAUCUAUGGCCUGGACAGCAUACUGGUGGCUCUGCUGGCCGCCAAGGCGGAGGUCAAGUACAAUGCCAAUGUCCUGACGGCGGAGAACAUAGCCAAGUCCAUUACCGAGCUGGGUUUUCCCACAGAGCUCAUCGACGAGCCGGACAACGGCGAGGCGGAGGUGGAACUGGAGAUCAUGGGCAUGACCUGCGCCUCCUGCGUCAACAAAAUAGAGAGUCAUGUGCUGAAGAUCAAGGGCGUGACCUCCGCCUCCGUAACACUGCUGACAAAAAGGGGAAAAUUCCGUUACAGCACAGAGGACACGGGUCCCCGCAGCAUAUGCGAGGCCAUCGAGCGACUGGGCUUUGAGGCCAAACUGAUGACCGGCCGGGACAAGAUGGCCCACAACUAUCUGGAGCACAAGGAGGAGAUCCGUAAGUGGCGGAAUGCCUUCCUCGUCUCCCUGAUAUUUGGCGGACCCUGUAUGGUGGCCAUGAUCUACUUUAUGCUGGAAAUGAGCGACAAGGGUCAUGCGAACAUGUGCUGCAUCGUGCCGGGCCUGUCGAUGGAAAAUCUGGUGAUGUUCCUGCUCUCCACACCGGUGCAAUUCUUCGGUGGCUUCCACUUUUACGUGCAAUCGUAUCGGGCCAUUAAGCAUGGCACCACCAACAUGGACGUCCUUAUAUCCAUGGUCACCACCAUCUCGUACGUGUACUCCGUGGCUGUGGUAAUAGCGGCAAUCCUGCUGGAACAGAAUAGCUCCCCCUUGACCUUCUUCGAUACACCGCCCAUGCUGCUGAUCUUCAUCUCCCUGGGCCGCUGGCUGGAGCAUAUUGCCAAGGGCAAGACCUCUGAGGCCCUAUCCAAGCUGCUCUCCCUCAAGGCGGCCGAUGCCCUGCUGGUGGAAAUCUCACCGGACUUUGACAUCAUCAGCGAGAAGGUUAUAUCCGUGGAUUAUGUACAGCGUGGCGAUAUCCUGAAGGUUAUACCCGGUGCCAAGGUGCCCGUGGAUGGCAAGGUUCUGUAUGGCCACUCCACUUGCGAUGAAUCCCUGAUAACGGGCGAAUCCAUGCCGGUGGCAAAGCGCAAGGGAUCCGUGGUCAUUGGCGGUUCGAUCAAUCAGAAUGGUGUUCUCCUUGUGGAGGCCACCCACACGGGUGAGAACACAACGCUGGCCCAGAUUGUCCGCCUGGUGGAGGAGGCACAGACCAGCAAGGCACCGAUCCAGCAACUGGCCGAUCGCAUUGCCGGCUACUUUGUGCCCUUCGUGGUUGUUGUCUCGAGCAUAACGCUGAUCGGUUGGAUUAUUAUUGGUUUUGCAAAUCCCAAUCUUGUGCCCGUGGCCAUGGAGCACAAGAUGCAUAUGGAUCAGAAUACGAUUAUCGUUAGCUAUGCCUUCAAGUGUGCUUUGAGUGUUUUGGCCAUUGCCUGUCCCUGUGCCCUUGGCCUGGCUACGCCCACGGCAGUUAUGGUGGCCACCGGAACGGGUGCUAUCAAUGGAGUGCUGGUAAAGGGUGCCACGGCGCUGGAGAAUGCCCAUAAGGUCAAGACAGUGGUCUUUGACAAGACUGGCACCAUAACGCAUGGCACUCCCAUGACCAGCAAGGUCACUCUCUUCGUGCCCGCCCAGGUGUGCAGCCUGGCCCGUGCCUUAACCAUCGUGGGAGCUGCUGAGCAAAACAGCGAGCAUCCCAUUGCCUCCGCCAUCGUCCAUUUCGCCAAGGAGAUGCUUAAUGUCGGGACCAGCUUUGGCAAGAGCAGCAAUUUCCAGGCAGUGCCCGGCUGUGGCAUACGCGUCACCGUCUCCAACUACGAACAGACUCUGCGACAGGCCUGCAACGCCGAGAGAAUCAUCAACUACGAGAACCUGCAUCGCAAUCAGCCUCAUCGACCGGUGCCCGUGGACAAUGGAGCCAGCAUUGACUACCUGCUGCCACAGAGCAGCAGCAGCGGCAGCAAAUCCAGGGAGCUGCUGACCCACCAGCAACUGCUCUCCGACUUGGAAAUGGAGGAGCAGGAGCUUCUCACCGAAGAUAACCACAAGCAGAAGAUCAUUGAUGGUCCCGAGAUCAAGGUGCUGAUUGGCAAUCGGGAGUGGAUGCAGCGCAAUGCCAUUGAUGUGCCGCUGGCAAUUAGUGACUGCAUGGAGCAUGAGGAGCGUAAGGGACACACCGCGGUGCUGUGUGCCCUCAAUGGGCAGCUGGUUUGCAUGUUUGCCGUCUCCGAUAUGGUUAAGCCGGAGGCUCAUCUUGCCGUCUACACGCUCAAGCGCAUGGGCAUCGAUGUGGUUUUGCUUACAGGCGACAAUAAAAACACGGCAGCCAGCAUUGCACGAGAGGUGGGCAUACGAACCGUUUACGCUGAGGUGUUGCCAUCGCACAAAGUGGCCAAGAUCCAGAGGAUUCAACAGAAUGGCAUACGGGUGGCCAUGGUCGGCGAUGGUGUCAAUGAUAGUCCAGCGCUGGCGCAGGCGGAUGUGGGCAUUACCAUUGCCGCCGGCACAGAUGUGGCCGCCGAGGCCUCGGACAUUGUCCUCAUGCGUAACGAUCUGCUGGAUGUGGUGGCCUGCCUGGAUCUCUCCCGUUGCACGGUGCGUCGCAUCCGUUACAACUUCUUCUUUGCCAGCAUGUACAAUCUGCUGGGCAUUCCAUUGGCCAGCGGUCUCUUUGCCCCCUAUGGGUUUACUUUGCUGCCCUGGAUGGCAUCCGUGGCCAUGGCCGCCAGUUCGGUGAGCGUGGUCUGCUCCUCACUGCUGCUGAAGAUGUACCGCAAGCCCACCGCCAAGACGCUGAGAACGGCGGAGUAUGAGGCCCAGUUGGCGGCAGAGAGGGCCGGCGGUUCGGAGUAUGAACUGGACAAUCUAUCGCUGCAUCGGGGAUUGGACGAUCUGCCCGAGAAGACGGUGGCCAGGACGGCCUUCAAGCGAUCCAGCCAAUCGCUUAUCUCGCGGAUUUUCAUGCACGGCAAUGGAAGCAGCGGCGGCGGUGGCGGUGGGUUGUCCUUGGCGGAUGGCAAGCACCAUGAGGAGGGUCUGCUGGAUCCGGAGGAGCAGUACGAGGAUCGACCCAAGAUUAUCAAGAGCCGAUAUCAUACCAGUGACCGGGACCUCACCGAGCUGCAAAAGCUGUAAAGGGGGGAGGAGGGCCUCCAGGACGACCUCAAAAUCGACAUAAAAUUUGCAGUAAAAUUGUGAAAAUUAUAAAGCGGGCAUUAAAAUGAAACUAGAAACUAUGCAGAGAGAGAAAGAUAGAGAGAGAGAGAGAGAGAGAGAGAGAGAGAGAGAGUGGGAAUUAUAAGAACCUUGUACAUAUAUGCAGGCUAUUCCUUACCUAAGUCUAGUUUGGGAGAAAUUUGUGGGGUAUUUUUGGGCAUCUCUUCAGUACGUAUAUAUUGCUCAAAGACCAGAAAUUAAUUUAUAUUUUAGCCCAAAAAUAUCCUUUGCUUUCUCUCUGGUAUUUAAUUUUUGGGUGGAUUAUCGGACCUAGGUCAAUAUGGAUAUUGUUUAGGGGAUUCCCAAAAAAAAAAACAAAAACAAAAGCAAAUAUUGUUAUUUCUAUCCUUACUUCAAAGAUAUAUAAGUUACUGUUUUUCUUUGUCAUAAUUAUUAUUAUUCAUUAUUAUUAUUAUUAUUUUUUUUUUUUGUUAUCGUAAGCUAAAUACUAUUAUUAAGUUUAACUGAACAAAGGCACAAGGCGACAUCAACCAGAAGCAUCAUUAUUGACCUAUUGUUACUUAUUGUUAAUAAUAAAAACAAAAAUAAAAAAAAGACGAAGAAAAUCGAACAAUCCCCGAGAGAGGGAUAUAAUAUCCUUGACCCCAUAUUGGCCUUAAAAACAAAACACUUGUAAGACAAUUUGGGCACAAGUAUAAAAUAUAUAUAUAAAAAUAAAAAAAAAAAAAAUAUAAAAAACAAAACGAGCCACAUUCUUUAUAUGUAACUUUAAUUUUUAUAUACAACAAAAGAAAGAGAUAAAAGCAUUGUUAUUGUAAAUACAAAUAAAACGACAGAGAGAUAUACAGAGA